ACACAGAUACUUUCCAACUUUUGCUGCGUAAGCGGCACAUAGCAGCAGCAGCAGCAGCAGCCCAUCGCAACUUCGCAAUUCGAGAACGUACAUUUUUUAGCGUUUUUUCGUACACGGAGAUAGUCUCUGAUUAGUCGACGAGGAGAACGAACGCGAUUGUGCGAUACGCACGCACGCAUUCCCAUCACUUUUCAAAGCUCCCGAUAACCAACUAACCAAAAAAAAAAAGAUACAUACAAUUUUCAAUUCUGUCCAUCGAAAAAAUAUCACUAGAUUUUAAGAUCAACAAACAAUUAAAACUUUUAACCCAUAAACAAACGCAUCGUAAACACACAAAAAAAAGAGUGACAAACCACAAAAUAACAACAAGAAAGGGAAAAAAAUUGUUUUUAUUUUUGUUGAUUAAUUUAUAUAUAUUUAGCCGUAGUUAUACAUGCAUUUUGCUCUUAAAACAUCAUCUUAACGUUAAAUUUUAACAAAACAAAUUAAAAAGUAAACAAAAAAGAAAAAUUUAUUUAUUAGUCCAAGUGAAAAGCGAGAAGAAAAAAAACCAAAGAAAAUUCAUUCGUUUUGCCAUUAGUCAAUUUAAGAUUUCCUGUGCAUUUUCGCCAUUCCAUACAUUCGCUGUGUUUAUUCGCAUAAAUAAUUGAUAUUAUUACGGGUGUAUAAAGCACAUACAUACAUACACAUAGACAAGAGAAAAAUUGCACUCAAACCGAACAGCGCAUGCACUUGCAUACCGAUACGUGUCGUAUUUUAUUCAUUUGAAUUCGGGUUUGUGUAUUUCGUGUGUUGUGUGUGCUGCUGCUGCUGUUUUUUUUAUUCUUCUCUGUUCGCUUCUCUUCAUCUGCUCGGUGUGCUUCUUCAUUGCGAUAUAGAGAGAGAGAGAGAGCGAGUGCAUGAAAUUAUACUUAUUCAAGAGUCAUAGUGGCUCUGUCUAUAUAUAUAUAUAUAUAUGCGAUAGAGAGUCAGUGGAGGUCUCCGUGCGUGGUGGAACUCUCUCACACACACGGUGUGUGUGCUUCUUGCUGUGGAAAAGUACACACGGAGUGUAGGAAAAGCGCAAAAAACGGAACGAGUGAAAAAAAAAAUUUGUGUAUAGUGAAACAAGACACAUAUACGAAGAGUGGUGUUGAAGCAAAUGGAUUUUAACACACAGAGCAACCAAACCAAAUGAAAGAAAGAGUAACAUAACAAGCAAAUAAAAUAACACAGUGGGUAGAAGAUGAAGUAGAAGAGGCAAAGAGAGUACACAGCACAGAAGAAGAGAAAUAAAAAUCGUACGAAGUGUGCUCGACACAAGCAAAUGGAAGUGGAAAAAACACAACCCCAUCUCAUAAUAAUUCCUCAUCAGUAAUGUUAAAACACUCUGAAAUGAAUGGAUGUCAAAAUGGACAUACAUAUACACACAGUGUGCUUCGCUAUUCGCUACUUGCUGCUACUGUUUAGAGCAUGGGACACAACAACAACAACAACAACAACAACAACAACGACGACAGGCAUUUCGCAAUGUUAUUGAAAAUGAACAGUGAAUUGGUGGAACUUCGUAUCGACGACUAUUCUAUUGAUGACUAGUGAUGUAUAUUGUGUAAUCGGGCUAAUGUGUAAUGUGUUUGAUGUUCGGUGUUUUGCUUUUAUCGCACGCUGUGUGCCACAAAGAAAAAUGAGUAACAACACCAUGAUAAUAAUGUAUAUGAUGAACCAUUCAAGUGACACUGAUUCGCGUCAGAUGAACAGCGUUUAAUAAAAUAUAGAUCAGCCCUAGUGAAUGAACGAAAAAUCAUUAAGCUCUCGCUCACAGACACAGGCCUCUGGGAUUUAGUCAAUUUUGGGUACAUCGCUUUAACCAUUCCAUAAAAAUAAAACAAGGUGGAGCCGAACAGAAAAUUAAAUCUAGAAAACAGAAUACAAACAAGAAAAUCACACACACAAGAAAAUUAAGUGAUAAAACGUGAGUGUUAAUAGAGUCAAUGGUGAUGCAAAAAUUUGCAUUUAUCACGCCAGAGUAAUCAACAUAUCGUCCCCCGCGCAUACACGGGCUCUUGUAACACAUACACACACUUACAAUUUAGCUAGAGCCUUAACAAAAAGCUACAUCGACACAAAAGUAUCGCGAAAACAAAAGGAAAAAAAAAUAAACGAAGGAAAGACAAAAAAAGAACAAACCAAAAUUCCAAAAGUUGCCAAUGCAAAAUUUUCACACCUUUAAACGGAUGCUCGAUCAGCGCUGAUGUGUGCACAUUCGAUAUCUAUCAAGAUACACAAUCAACAAUGAAACACCACCACAUCAUUCUUCUUCUAUUUUUUUCGAUUCUUUUUCUCAAUGAUUUUAUAUUGUCGUUGCGCCUAACCGAAGUUCGUAUUCCAAAUCAUACGGUACGAAAUAGUACGGCCCGUUUAGAAUGCCACUUUGACAUGGACGGAGAAGAUUUGUACAGCGUGAAAUGGUACAAAGACGGGCACGAAUUUUAUCGCUAUAUCCCACGUAGUAUGCCGCCAGCGUUAGUAUUUGAGCUGCCUGGAAUCAACGUUGAUAUCCACAACUCUACCGAUAACAUUGUUGUUCUGAAAUCUGUCAAUUUGUCAAGUACUGGACGCUAUAGAUGCGAGGUGUCAGCCGAGGCUCCAUCCUUUGAAACUGUCUCUGAUCACGGUGAUAUGAUUGUUGUUGUGCUACCAGAAAUUGGGCCAAAAAUAAGCGGAGGACGUCCGCGAUAUCAAAUUGGCGAUGAAGUCAACGUCAAUUGCACAUCGGGCCGAUCCAAGCCAGCCACCCAUCUGACCUGGUUCAUAAAUUCUGAACCAGCCGAUCCAAGUCUCCUGAAAUACUAUAACAUUUUCAUAACGGGACGAGAAGGCUUAGAAACGACUACGCUUGGAUUGAAUUUUAAAGUCAACCGCAACUCUUUUCGACAUGGAAACAUGAAACUGAAGUGUUUAGCUUCAAUUGCAACCGUUUACUGGAAAAGUAAUGAAGAAAGCGUUGAAGGCGAUAGACUACAACGUUCACAGGUGAUCCGUUCACGAGAAUCAACCUAUGCUGGUAGCUCACGAGCUGAUCGCGUUCGAGAAAUUAAACUUUCGAAUUUUCAAGCGGCCAACAAUUCCUUCGCAGCGAAACCGUCGUCAGCAUUUAUCAUCCUAAUAUCAACAAUAUCGCUUUUUACAAAAUGUUAUACAUUUACAUAUUAUUAAUCAUUAACAACAAUUGUCAAUUAAACAAUUAAAUAUCA